AUGUGUCAUGCAGGUUCACAGACGUCCCAUUGUAGUACUUGCGAACUUUCUGCACCGGCAUUGCAUAAAUAUAACGACUUUCACUGCCAAACACAUAUUGCAAGCGGAGUUGAGUUUGGUACGCAGAUAUACCCGGAAGACGUGGACAGCAGUAGUCUCAAUGUAAAGCACAAUAAGACACAUAAUGACUUCGAACUCGAGGAUAUUUGGCGUAAUAUCGAAACACAAACUUCUACUUUUGCUGGUAAUGAUGCACUGACGCAGACGGCUAUAGAUUUCAUAGACAGUGCAAAUGUUUUGGUCGAUGCGUGUCACUCAGUAUUUAUGCAAGUUACUGUUCCACAGACAAAGUAUAAACGUUCCAUAUCACGUCUAAAAGUUCAAACAGCACUUUUGGUUUUGGAAAAAUUGUCCAUAAAACAUAAUAUCUACAAAGGAAGACUGCGUUAUAAUGCUCUUCCGGAACAAAGGCAGCAAGAUAUCAUCCUGUGUUGCCUCAAGAUAGGACCUAAAAAUGCUCCAGAAUUCAGAAACAUUCUUUAA